AUGGAAGCGAUUAUUCGAGUAGAGGAAUGUCAAGAAGCGGUUGAGUCCGAUAGAGCUCGUGAGCCCAACGAGGAGUUUGAAGAGGACUCUGUCGAGGAAUCGGAAGCGAGCAGCAGUAGCGAGUCCGCCAGUGACGAAGAAGAUGAGACGGAGAGAUUCGAAGAUCCAAUUCCCACAGUUCUGGGGAUUGACGAUCCCCGGCGAAUGCAGUUGACAAGAGAAGAACUAGAAUGGGCAAGGGAUGUGAAGGAACUCAUUGAGGGGUAUCCCGAGUUGGAAAAUCUCUCGGAUUUUAUGUACGCCCAGCUUGCUAUUAUCUCCCGAGGUGAUUUGGAGGAUGCUAUGCGACGUGCCAUUGGGUUGCAACGCUUUCGACAAGAGUACAAUAUCCACGACACACAAGAAGCGGGAAUCCAGUGUCUGCAGAGAAUGACUCAACUCUUCCCGCGCCACUUGCUUUCCUUUAGCUUCAGCCAAAUUGAGGGAACCUACCUUUUGAUUCAUGAUCUGACAAAACUAGACAUUGAUGUCUUGACGACACAGGCCAAAGUUGACAGUUGGAUGUCAGCAUCAUAUUAUCUUCAUACGGUGCAGUGUCCUGAUCUGGCAACAAUACGCAAGGGCACUAUUGUGCUUGUGGAAUGUGAUGGAAUGUCUGUAUCCUUCAAGAAGGAUUUCAGGCUCUACCAAGACAUGUUUUCUCAGCUGGUGGCAAAUUAUCCAUUUGUUGGACAGAUGAGGUGCUUUCACACUAACACGGUGUUCAAUUUGCUUGCAUCCAUGUUUCGGAAAGUGUUGCCAAGCCAUCUCAAGAAUACGUUACUGACCGGCAUGACAUUUGAUGGCCGUCUAGACACUUACUAUCUGGUUCCUGAUGCUGAAACUGCCACUAACAGAGUACUGCUUCGUUUUGAAGAAACACUAAUGCGGAGCACAAAAUUUCUGGCUCUCUCUCAAGUCAUCUAG